AUGCCGACGACGUCAGAAGAGACCAGUGCGCUGGCAGGCACGACUGUGAUUGUGCAUCCAUUGGUUCUCCUGUCCGUCACGGAUCAUGCAUCGCGUGUAGCGGCAGGAGCGCGGAAACGCGUGGUGGGUGUGCUGCUUGGCCAGGACCGUGGCAAGACGAUCAAUGUGGCGAACAGCUUUGCGGUCCCAUUUGAGGAGGACGAGCGGGAUGGAAAGACAUGGUUUCUGGACCACGAUUAUAUUGAGAGCAUGAUGGAAAUGUUCAAAAAAGUGAAUGGUACGUUUGCGCUUUCGCUCACCGUAGCACGCGAGAAGAUGGUUGGGUGGUACCACACAGGCCCAAAGCUGCACUCUUCGGAUUUGGAGAUCAAUGAGCUGAUGAAGCGAUUCACACCGCGGCCGGUGAUGGUGAUCAUCGAUCCGCGGCAGCAGGAUGUUGGGACGCCAACCGAUGCGUAUAUGGCCGUGGAAGAGAUCAAGGAUGACGGCACCGCAACGCAAAAGACGUUUAUACACGUCCCGACGACGAUCGAGGCGGAAGAGUCGGAAGAGGUUGGAGUCGAGCAUUUGCUGCGUGAUAUCCACGAUACGACCGCGGUGGGCUCGCUCUCUGCGCGCAUCUCGGCACAGCUUGGGUCGCUGCGCGGACUGCAUAAGCGCCUGCUCGAGAUCCGUGAGUACCUCGAGGCUGUUGUGCGUGGGGAGUUGCCGGUGAACCACGAGAUUCUGUAUGAGCUGCAGAACAUCUUCAACUUUUUGCCGGAUCUGGAGAAGCCAGAAGUGGUGCGCAGUUUCCGCGUGGCGAAUAACGACCGCCUGCUUAUUGUAUACCUUAGCAGUUUGAUCCGUGCCGUGCUUGCGCUUCAUGCACUGGUUAAUAACCGCUUGGAGAUGGCGCGUGGCGAGCAUCCGGCGCAAAGCGCGGCAAAGGAAGAGAAGAAGGGAUUGUCGAUAGCGUAA